AUGGGGUUUAAGGAAUUCAUCAAGAAACGGUCUGGUCUGCGCGUCGAUAACCGGCAAACUACUUCCGCCGCAACUUUGACUCUCCGCCAGAGUCUAUGGCCUCUGAGUCUAGUUACUAUUUUGUUCUUUCUUUGGGGCUUUGCAUACGGACUCCUGGAUACACUGAACAAACACUUCCAAAACACUCUGCAUAUCGACCGAGGUCGUUCGGCUGGGCUUCAAGCAGCUUAUUUCGGCGCCUAUCCACUCGCCUCUCUUGGUUACGCAAAUUGGAUUCUGCGUCACUUCGGCUAUAAGACCGUGUUUAUUUUUGGUUUGAUACUUUAUGGUAUUGGAGCACUGUGUAUGUGGCCUGCAGGUCUUCAUCAAUCAUUUGGUGGAUUCUGUGGUGCGACAUUCGUGAUUGGAUCUGGGCUGGGGUCGCUCGAAACCGCUGCAAAUCCAUAUCUAACUGUGUGCGGUCCACCUCGCUACUCCGAAAUCCGUAUCAAUUUCGCGCAGGCUUUCAAUGCAAUUGGAACCGUUGUUGGUCCUGUACUGGGCUCUUAUGCCUUUUUCACUGAGACGGUCGAUGAUGUUGCUGCCCUGCAGCGUGUGCAGUGGGUUUACCUCGCUAUCGGUAUCUUCGUCUUCUGCCUUGCGGCUGUGUUCUUCGUUUCCGAUAUCCCAGAGGUGACGGAUGAGGAUAUGGCAUUCCAGGUAUCCACUACUCAUGUUGAUGAGCAGGAUAAGCCCUUCUGGAAACAGUGGAAGUUGUUUCAUGCGACGUUGGCGCAGUUUACUUAUACUGGUGCUCAGGUUGCUAUCGCAGGCUACUUUAUUAACUACGCUGUUGAUACAUGGCCUGGCACUGAUAGUGCGAAGGGAGCCAAGCUACUUGCGGGUGCGCAGGGGGCUUUUGCUGUGGGCCGAUUCCUGGGUUCGGGAUUGAUGAAGUAUACCAAGGCUCGCUAUAUCUUCCUGGUCUAUCUUUCUUGCUGUGUAGCUUUCCUUGCUGCGUCAGUGACGCAGAGAGACCAACGUGGUAUUGCUAUGCUCUUUAUGACACUCUUCUUCGAGUCCGUUUGCUUCCCUACUAUCGUGGCUCUGGGAAUCCGUGGCCUUGGGCGCCAUUAUAAACGUGGUUCCGGGUUCAUUGUUGGUGGUGUCUGUGGUGGUGCUGUCGUUCCUCCCAUCCUGGGACAUGUUGCUGAUAUGCGCAACGACACUGGGUUCGCGAUGAUUGUUCCUACAAUGUUCAUGGUUGUCGCUUGGACCUAUGCUGUUACUGUCAAUUUUGCUCCUUCUUACCGGGAUACAGUUGAUAAGGUUGGAGAAAGCACAGUUGGACUUCAGGUCGAGAGUGGCAAGGAUGAAGAAACAGCUGUCGGAAAGGAGGAUCAGGAAGUGGACAAGACAGCUGCUUAUUCUUGA